AUGACGAUCUCGGCGGCCACUCCUCAAUGUGGCUACGAAUCCCCAACAGAGGACUUCUUCCAGAGUGUCUCUGCCCCUUGCUUGGUGAAUCGGCGCAACGAUGAUCUGGAGAAGGCCACAUCUGGCUACUCACCAGCCCCGAGUCCCCUGCCUGCCAACCUAAACAGCAUGGUCACCAAGGCGAACAAGAUGAAACCUGAAGGAAAAGUUAGUAUUCGUGACCGUAUAGCGUGCUAUCAGUGGACAUGGUUCACAAUGAAUAUGGCCACCGGCGGUGUUUCGAAUGUUCUUCAUGCAAUUCCUUUCCGAAGCCGAUGGCUGACAGGAAUUGGCAUUGCUUUCUUCAUCUUCAACCUUUGCCUUUUCGUUGUCAAUUGCGUUCUAAUCACGUUACGAUUUCGAUUUCGCCCCGGAACUUUCAUCAACUCAUUCACAAAUCAAUUUGAGUCGCUCUUUAUUCCAGCAUUUGUCGUCUCGACUCAGAAACUACCCCGGGAUAUGCAACGACCUGGUGUUUUCAUCUCGAUCGGACCCAGUGGCUUCACUGUGGCCGGGAUUGUUCAACUGGGCAACCAAGCCAAAGACAUCCUCCCGCCGGACUUCAUGGGCGCCUCCGAUCACGCUGUCUUCAUCCUGAAACUCACCUCGUCAUUCAUUGGCCUCUGGUUAUGGGGUCUGAGUGUGUGGUUCUUCAUUGUCUCGGUCGGAUCACUCUGGAAAUAUCUGCGACCUGAGUCAAAGAUGCCUUUCCAGAUGACGUGGUUCUCUUUCGUGUUCCCCAAUACGGCUCUAGUAUGUCUUGUCAAAGGAUCGUCAAACGUGUUGUCAGGAGCUAACCAGUUCUACUGA